AUGGACGAGUUGGCUGAGUUGUAUCUAGAGAAGGCAGAAGAGAGCUCUGUGUUGGACGAGGUGCCGGUCAUUGGCAGCCCAGAGCCCAUCCCAGGAGCUGUCCAAACGCCAGAUAGGUCCCCAGAGGAAACUGAUGGAGAAGGUUACGGGGACUCACAGGAAGCUACUGCUGAAGACCCGGAGCUCGAGGACCAGGAAACAUCUGAUUUUAUAGGAAAUGGAAGGGAGGACUCAUCAUUACUUCCUCUUGCGGCCAAGAAGAUGAAGAUAGAAACUAAGGAGAGAAAAGAGAAAAAGCACAAAGUAGAUGAAGAUGAAAUUGAAAGGAUGCAAAUCCUAGUUUCUUCCUUUUCUGAAGAACAGCUAAACCGUUAUGAAAUGUACCGUCGAUCAGCAUUCCCUAAGGCCACUAUUAAACGGCUGAUCCAGACUAUUACUGGCACCUUAGUCUCCCAGAAUGUCGUCAUUGCCAUGUCAGGCAUUUGUAAGGUAUUCGUUGGAGAAGUAAUAGUAGAAGCUUUGGAUGUGUGUGAGAAAUGGGGAGAGCUGCCGCCACUACAGCCCAAACACAUGAGGGAGGCUGUUCGAAGACUGAAGUCAAGGGGGCAGAUUCCUAACUCAAAACACAAAAAAAUAAUCUUUCACUAA